AUGGACGAGGAGCCGGAGAGCAGCAACUACUUUGAGGAGGAACUCACCCAAUUCGCUAACGACGUCACGAUAAUCAACGAUACCAAUACUACCCCAGAGCCCCGUCUCGAGGACUUGGAUCCAAAGAGCCCAGAGUACCAGAAACUCGUUACCAUGAAAUAUGCCCGAAUACAAGCUGUGCCGGUCAGGUCCUCUCCACCCGCCAUCACAACCGACGCACCUACAGUUGAAGAUCCAACUGACGACAUAUGGUACGAGAUUAGCGAGCGCAGUGAUGAAGAGUUCAUAAACCAAGGAAAUUGUUCCAAAUAA